CGGCCGGCCCCCAGCCCCGGCCGGGCACGCCGCCCCUCCCCGCGGCCCGCUCCCGCCGCCGCUCGGGAAGAUGGCGCGGCGCCUCCAGAGUCUGGCAGAACUGGAAGUACUAUGUAACCACCUAUAUGAAGGAACUGAUCUAGCCCAGCGAAUGCAAGCUGAGAAGGUACUCUUGGAGCUUAUUGAUAGCCCAGAAUGUCUUAGUCAAUGCCAGCUUCUAUUAGAACAAGGAACGACGUCCUAUGCUCAGCUUCUAGCAGCAACAUGCCUGUCUAAGCUUAUAAGCAGGGCAUCUCCAUUACCUGUUGAACAAAGGAUUGACAUUCGAAAUUACAUUCUGAACUAUGUAGCAUCUCAACCCAAACUGGCUCCUUUUGUCAUCCAAGCUCUCGUUCAAGUCAUUGCAAAAAUUACAAAAUUAGGAUGGUUUGAGGUACUAAAAGAUCAGCUCAUCUUCAGAGACAUUAUUGCUGAUGUAAAAAAAUUUUUGCAGGGCACUGUGGACCAUUGUACAAUAGGAGUAAUGAUUCUCUCAGAACUGACUCAGGAAAUGAAUCUAGUUGAUUAUUCAAGACCUUCAGCAAAACACCGUAAAAUAGCUACCUCGUUCCGUGACACCUUUCUAAAGGACAUACUGAUGCUUGCGUGCUCUCUUUUAAAGGAGCUCUUGGCAAAACCUUUAACCCUUCAGGACCAACGGCAACAGAAUCUAGCAAUGCAUCUUUUGAAGCUUGUACUAAACUGUCUUAAUUUUGAUUUCAUUGGAAAUUCAGCUGAUGAAUCUGCAGAUGACCUGUGCACUGUACAGAUUCCAACAAACUGGAGAACAAUUUUCCUGGAGCCAGAGACCUUGGACCUGUUUUUUGAUUUGUAUCAUUCUCUUCCACCAAUGCUGUCUCAGUUAGCACUUUCUUGUUUAGUUCAGUUUGCUUCUACAAGGAGAUCUUUGUUCAGCAAUCCAGAACGUGCCAAAUAUCUUGGUAAUCUCAUCAAAGGAGUGAAACAAAUACUUGAAAAUCCACAGGGUUUAUCUGAUCCGGGUAAUUACCAUGAAUUCUGUCGGUUUUUGGCUCGGCUAAAGACAAACUAUCAACUGGGAGAGCUAGUAGUGGUGAAAGAUUACCCUGAAGUCAUCCAACUUAUAGCAAAUUUUACUAUUACUAGCCUACAGCACUGGGAGUUUGCUCCAAAUAGCGUUCAUUAUUUGCUAACUCUGUGGCAAAGAAUGGUAGCGUCUGUACCUUUUGUGAAAACGGCAGAACCCCACCUCUUAGAUACAUAUGCACCUGAGAUAACAAAAGCUUAUAUUACUUCUAGACUGGAAUGUGUUCCUGUCGUUGUAAGAGAUGGCUUAGAAGAUCCACUGGAUGAUACAGCUACCGUUUUCCAACAGCUGGAGCAACUGUGCACAGUCAGCAGGUGUGAAUACGAAAAGACCUGUACGCUUCUUGUACAGCUGUUUGACCAAAAUGCACAAAACUACCAGAAACUAUUGCACUCUUCUAGUAGGAAUCCACUAGAAAUCACAGUUCAGGAAGGACGUCUGGCAUGGCUUGUCUAUUUUGUGGGUACUUUUGUGGGAGGACGAUUAACGUACACUAGUACUGAUGAACAUGAUGCCAUGGAUGGAGAAUUAUCCUGUCGAGUUUUUCAGCUGAUAUCUUUGAUGGAUGCCCAGUUACCGCAGUCCAGUAAUGAAAAAGUAGAACUGGCAAUUCUGUGGUUCUUGGAUCAGUUCCGUAAAACAUAUGUGGGAGACCAGCUUCAGCACACCUCAAAGGUGUAUGCCCGAAUGUCAGAAGUCUUAGGAAUAACAGACGACAACCAUGUUCUGGAAACAUUUAUGACCAAAAUUGUUACAAACCUUAAAUACCGGGGAAGAUGUGAGCCCGUGAUUUCAAGAACUCUUCAGUUUCUAAAUGACCUUUCUGUUGGUCUCCUGAAAAAGCUUGUGAAAAUCGAGGCUGUGAAAUUCAUGCUUCAGAAUCACACAAGUAAGCAUUUCCCUUUCUUGGGCGUCAGCGAUAAUUACAGCCUCAGUGACCUUCGGUGCCGGACGGUGUUCUACACUGCUCUCACGCGGCUCCUCAUGGUGGAUUUAGGUGAAGACGAGGAUGAGUUUGAGAAUUUCAUGCUCCCCCUCACAGUUUCGUUUGAAAGCGUGACUCGGAUAUUCAACGGUAGCUUUGAACAAGAAGAAGCAAAGCGUAUGUUGAUGGGGCUGGCGAGGGAUCUUCGCGGGAUCGCCUUUGCGCUGAACACAAAGACCAGCUACACCAUGCUGUUCCACUGGAUAUACCCUGCCUACAUUUCCGUUCUGCAACGAGCCGUGGAACUGUGGUACCGCGAACCUGCCUGUACAACCCCCAUCUUGAAGCUGAUGGCAGAAUUCAUGCAAAACAGAUCGCAACGUUUAAAUUUUGAUGUAUCAUCUCCAAAUGGAAUUCUUCUCUUCAGAGAAGCUAGUAAAAUGAUUUGUACCUAUGGUAAUCAGAUCCUCUCUCUUGGGACUUUGUCAAAAGAUCAGGUUUAUCCGUUGAAACUCAAGGGCAUUUCCAUCUGUUACUCUGCACUCAAAUCUGCCUUAUGUGGAAAUUAUGUCAGCUUUGGCGUCUUCAAGUUGUACGGGGACAACCACUUUGACAAUGUACUUCAGGCCUUUGUCAAAAUGCUGCUUUCAGUAUCCCACAGUGACUUGCUACAAUAUCGAAAACUAAGCCAGUCUUACUACCCGCUUUUGGAGUGUCUGACCCAAGAUCACAUGAGUUUCAUCACCAGUUUAGAACCUCACGUCCUAAUCUAUAUUCUUACUUCGAUAUCUGAAGGACUUACUGCAGUAGAUACAAUUGUCUCCUCCAGCUGUUGCGCUAGUUUAGACUACAUUGUCACCUACCUCUUCAAGCACCUGGCUAAAGAAGGCAAGAAGACUCUAAGGUGUAGAGAGAUUUCCCAGGACGGACAGAGAUUGCUUCAUUUCAUGCAGCAGAACCCCGAAGUUCUACAGCAGAUGAUGUCGAUCCUAAUGAACACCAUCAUUUUUGAAGACUGCAGAAACCAAUGGUCUGUGUCAAGACCGCUGCUCGGACUUAUACUUCUCAAUGAGAAAUACUUCAGUGAACUAAGGGCCACCUUGAUAACCAGCCAGCCUGACAACAAACGUGAGGUCCUUGACCAGUGCUUCAGGAAUCUUAUGGAAGGGGUCGAGCAAAACCUUUUGGUAAAGAACAGGGACAGGUUCACUCAGAACAUGUCCGUCUUUCGAAGAGACGUGGCCGAAGCUCUGCGCAGCGAAGGGGCCUCCGAUCCCAGCACUUUAGAUAUGAUGAGUUGACGAGGACUGGAAACGGAGCACUGAUUAAUUCACCGACUCGGAAAGUUUCGGGACCCUGUUAUAUCGUUAGAUAGAUUUUUCACCCUUGUGAAAACUAUUUUUUUUAAAAUAUCUUCUGCCUUUUUAUAACUCUGGCCUAAACGUAAGGAUUUAUAAUAGUGAAAGCAAUGGAAAAUCAGCCCUAGUUUGAAGAACGUUUUCAGCCUUUCUUAUCAGAAUUUAUUAUCCUGUUGUUUUAUCUUUAUGAAACGGUUUAGAAACAGUACUUAACCAAAGAGCAAAAUAAAUAUGCAUUCCUUCUAAACUUGUAUCAGUUAAUGAUUCUCAGUUCUACACAUAAUAGGAAAUAAUAUCUCAUCAACGAAAGACUCCAGGCCAUAUUUGUUUGAAAAUGAGAUGGAAGACAGUACAAAUUUUAUAUGACAUCUUUUUGAAAUAAUAAAAUUGCUAUUUU